CUAUUAAAUUAGAAAAUGGAGUACAAUGGUCUGUUUUCUUUUGUUAUCCUACAGGUGAUGACACUUGCUUCUUGUCAGUUCCAGUGUCCCUCAUCUUCAGGGUUCUAUCCGGAUACUGUCUAUUGUGACAAAUACUACGAGUGUAGAGGUGGAAAACCAAUUCAGAGGCUUUGUGAGGAUGGUUACGUGUUCAACGUCAUCAGUCCUCUGUAUUCACGUUGUGAUUAUCCAUUCAACGUGGAAUGUAGAAAUCGUGAAGAACGACAACCGGCCCAACCUUCACCUUACUGUCCGCGAAGAUUUGGAUUGUUUCAAGAUCCUAACCCUGGCAACUGUAGCUACUUCUGGCAGUGCGUGAACGGCAGAGCCACUAGUCAUCGAUGCCAGGACGGGUUAGCCUUUCAUCCUCGGAAAGGAAAUUGUCACUGGUCUCAUACCGUCCCAGGAUGUGAGCAGAAACUGGAAGUUCAUCAGGGGUUUAAAUGUCCCCAGAAAACUCCCACAGCUUUACAAGUAUUUGCCAUAGCUCCUCGGUACCCUCAUCCAAACGACUGUAACAAGUUUUUAAUUUGCUUAUAUGGACGGAUCCCAAGAAUAAUGGCGUGUCCUCGUGGGAAGGUUUACAAUACCGUCAACAUGCAGUGUGAUAAACCGGAGAAUGUUCCAGAAUGCUUAUUAUAUUAUAAAGAAAGGGCACCAGGCAGCAAACAAGACAAUGCUGUUCGCUGAAGGACAAUUUUGACUUAGGAACAGUUAGGAUUUUUUAAGAAUGAAUAUUAAGAAUUCAAUGUAAUAGUGAAAAUAUGUAAUAUCUGUUUUAAACCUAUUGAUGUUUUUAUGCUUUUCGGCAAAUCCCACGAUUCUUCAUGAUGUAAGUUUAUUAUUAAUAAAUUACUUUUAAAUAUUUCUUACUAAAAUUUGAAAAAAAUAAAUCAUUUUCUAGUAUUUUUAGGGUGAAUUAUAGUAUAUAUAUAUAACUUAACAAAAAUAGACCGUUGAAUCCGAAAAGAGUUUUAUAGAAUUGCAUCCAUUUUAAACCACUGAGAGAAAGCUGUUUCUUUUCUUCACGUGUCAUUACUCAAGUCUUGCUAUACGAUUUUAUCAACCGUUAUCAGAGUCAAUUUCAAUACUUAUCAGAGUCCAAUCAAUCAAUUUUAAUGGCGGGUAUCAUCAUGGGCGACGCUGUAUCAAAACAAUAAAAAUUAUGUAUUUAUUUCAAAUUUAAAACGUUCCUUUGUUAUGAAAAUUCAUAAAAUCAUUUAAAUAAUUAGAUCUUAGACCUUUUAAAACUAAUAAGUUUUUUAAAGAACGUUUUUCAAGGAUUUGUGUCCGAGUCUUUGAGAAUAUAUUUCAUUUAAAUUCAGGGUUUCGUUACCUGAGAAAAUUCCGUUUAUAAAUUCGUGUCUUUGGAAAAUCAAAAUGCUCAAUGUACCAUCACAAGGUAAGGAAAACUCUGGUGCGCUAUCUAGUUGGAAACCUAAACGGCCUUGCCUGUUUUUAGCUUGUGUAAUUUCUUUUAUUGGAUUAUUUUACAUUAUAAUAAGUUUUUAUUGUUCCGAAUCUCAAUAGUUUGUUUUAAAUAUGCGUAAUCCAAAUAGCUAUAUAUAUAGAAAUGUUGAAAAAGUAUAUAUAAAAUUUCAAAAGAAUUUCUUACACAUUCAUUUUCUGAAAAAAAUGCAAAGCUUUUGAUUUAUGUACUAAUGCUUUGCAUUUUAAAGUGCCCCACGUCAAUCUGAGAUUCGGUAAACAGUAUUAUGUCGCCCAAGAAAAAAAGUGAACAAAGAAUUACUGAAAAACAAACAAGUUAGAAAAAAAAAACACCUUAAUCGUUUGUUUCCAACCUCUCAUUGUUGAAGCAACAUACUAACCCUGAUUUACGUAUAUUUUAAACAAAUCAUUGAGACUCGAAACAAGAAAAGCUUAUACACGCUUUGAAGAGCAAGGAGGUACGUUCGUGAAAAAUGUGUACAGGUUGUCGUUAACUCUGAAUAAUUCAAAGUUGGUUAAGUACAAGAAAAAUUUGGGGACGCCCUUGCUUUAUUUACAAAUAUAUCUCCGGAUUUCAGUCGCAAAAAUUAAUAUUAUAUUAUUCAAUGCUAACGAAUUGAAUUUAUUUUUCAAGUCACUGACAUUAAUUAAUUUCUUAAUAGUACAGGUUUUUAAUUCUAUUCUAAAUAUAUUACACGUCACUACAUUAUAGGUCAAUCACUUAUCGUUAUUUAGCACCAGGUUCUACAGGUGUGAACGCUGGAAUGGACAACCGUAACAUGCUAAAAUUACUCCAUAUCGUAAUAUUAUUGGAGUCAGAGUUAAAGAUGAACACAAAAAUGACAAGAACAUCAGAACCUAUUUUAUUUAAGCCUGAUAUUUUUUGUCAUAGAAGAAGAGGUUUUAAGUUUAGCAACGUUCGUCAUUUUAUAUUCAUUCUGCGCAAAAUGUGCUAAAUACACAAUAUUACAAUGAAGGCCGUGCUAAUUUUUUAAAGAGUUCAGUAACCCAACUUUUAAUGUUAUUUUUCAAGAACAAAUAAUCUAAUAUUACGAGCUUAUGUUCUUUUUUCUCUCUCUCUAUUUUGUAUUUGUAAAUAUUUAUGAAUUUCUGAGUAGAUACAAGUGUUGUUGUAUCAUAAGUUGAUUGUUCAGUUCUGUUACUUUAAAAAAAGUUUUGAAUUGUUUUUUAACUUAAGAUGCACCAGAUAUAAAAAAAAAACAAUGUUUUUACAGAAAACAUAGAAACACGAUCAAAAAUGCAAAAAAACAAUAUAAUGUACCCAUAUUAAUAUAAUCAUCUGUGGUAGGCAGACCUGUCUUGUAUUUCUUAUAUUCUUUAGUUAUUAAGGUGAAGUUUCAAGUUUCCACACAUUCACGUUUCUAGCCGUGAUUAUGAUUUUAACAAUAGAACAUUAAUCAAGGAAUAUGGCUAAGUUCCUUUCGUCCAAGUUAUCUAUUUUUAUGGGUCAUUCCCCUAUGGUAUUACGUGCACAUUCUUGUGGACAUGGAUAAUUUCCACUGGUGGGUCAGAUGAUAACACGAAGAUAUAUCUUCCAUAAUAUUUCUAUUGGCAUGGUCAUUAGUGACGUGAUUAAGAAUAUCAUUAUAGAAUUUUUCCCCCUACGAAGUAUUUUAUAGCGAAACAUAUUGUGCAGAUUGCCAUAGUAGUGUUAAUCAGAUGAUGCCACAACAAAAAUAUCGCCCACCCCCCGUGCCACAACGGGAAGUCUGAAGGCUUAUAAUGGUAAAAAACGUAUUAUCUUAGUUUGUAACGGUCUUAAAACUCUAAACUGAGAACUGAUAAGGGUUAAGUAGGAAAUGUAGUUAAGAACUGUCUUCAGAAAUCCAAUAAAGGAGCUGUCUUUCAUUAAGUCCACUUGAAAUGUUGUGUGUCAAUAAAUAAAGAUUACUUUGCGCUUUA